AUGAGGGGGAGAAAAAAGAAUGAUACAGUGACAAAAUCAUUGGAAAAAAAAAGGAAGAGAACAACACGAUCAAAUAAAAGCAGCAAAAAUGAUUUCGAGUCCUUGGAAAACGUCAAGUUGAAAAAAUCAACAAAAAAAAUUGCUGCAUCAAAAAUUGAGAACUCAGAUACCCAGCAUAAGUCACCUAAUAAGGAUUGUGACGACAAUGCACAGAAAAUGAGUGACUCUAUUUCGAUUGCCAAUGAGCUUCAAACAAAUUCUGCAACAGCAAUGACCAGCGUCGUAACAAAUUCUUCAACAGCAAUGACCAGCGUCGUAACAAAUUCUUCAACAGCAAUGACCAGCGUCGUAACAAAUUCUUCAACAGCAAUGACCAGCAUCGUAACAAAUUCUUCAACAGCAAUGACCAGCGUCGUUACAAAUUCUUCAUUUAUCAGCAGUGAUACAAUUUCUCCAGCAGUAACUACCAGCGUCAAUACCAAUUCUUCACUAGUAAUUACCAGCGUUGAUACAAAUUCUUCACCGGUAACUACCAGCGUCAAUACAAAUGCUUCACCAAGAAUUACUAGCGUCGAUAUAAAUCCUUCACCAGUGAUUAUCAGCGUUGAAACAACUUUUUCACCAGUAACUACCAGCGUUGAAACAACUUCUUCACCAGUAACUAGCAGCGUUGAAACAACUUCUUCACCAGUACCUACCAGCGUCAAUACAAAUUCUUCACCAGUAAUUACCAGUGUUGAUAAAAAUUCUUCACCGGCAAUUCUCGAGGAUAGUUUCACUUUAUCAGAGCUUGGAUUCGAAAACGAUCAACCAGUGGAAAUACAAAAUAUCGAUGAUGUCAUCAAUAAUCUCGAUGAUCCUGAACUGACUAUCGACAAUGAAGACGAUAGCACGGUGGACAUGAAUUGGGAGAACGACACUAAUUCUGGAAAUUAUCGGAGUAUAAUACCUACCCAAGAAAUCGAAGUUGAUGAAAUACAAAACAGCUCUCAAGUCGAGGAAGAAAGUGAUAAAGAAAAUCAGAAUGACAACGUGAAUUCAACUGUUGAAGAUCCCAAUGAUAAAACGUUUGAUGCUUCCAAUCAACAACAAGAUCAUUCAGCGACUACGAGCAAUUUUUCGGAAUCGAAUAUCAAUGAAACGACAGUUUCGACUGAGGCAUCAAUGAAGAAAUUAAUCUAA